AUGCUUUUCCGAACCAUCGCCUCGAUCGCUCUCCUGGCUUCUGCCAGCAAUGCCGCCUCACAGUCUCAGGUCCAGCCUUACAAGCUAAUCAAGGCCCCUGUUGAAGGCCUUAGCUUCGGUCGCCGUUCUACCCCCGGAUACCAGCCCGAUCAGUCUGUCUGUGGUGGUGGCGGCGACACUUGCGCUGAUGCUUGUGGUGCUGGAUUCGAGUCUUGCCCUUCUGAAGACAACCAAACCCACUGCUUCAACCCCAAGGCGAAGCAGUCUUGCUGUUUUGACGGCUCUGGAAACUCUUGUGACAAGGGCUUCUACUGCUCUCAUGACACCAAGGCUCAGACCUGGUGCUGCCCUGAUGCUAUGGAUCUUGCUGAAUGUGCCGCUGCGUAUGGCGUAGAGGACGGCCUCAAGACCGAGCAGCUCUUGACCACCACUGCCACUACCGUUGCUGAGACCACCACUGCCGAGCCCACUACCACUGCUGAGCCCACUACUUCUGAGCUUGAGACUACAUCUUCUCAACUCGAGACCACCUCGACAACUGUCUACAUCACCAGCACCUCUCUGGCCUCCACAUCCACCAAGGCUGCCACAACCACUGUUGCUCCUACCACCUCGUCCGUUGUCGUUAAGACCACGACCAAGGCUGAGGAGACCACCAUUGUUGCCCCUAGCUCUGGCUACAGCACGGCUUGGAGUGGUUCUAACAGCACCAUCGCCACUGCUGCUCCUACUCAGCCAUCUGAGUCUGCCCCUGGCUCCGCUGAGCCUUCCAGUAUCAGCAGUGGUGCGUCCCUCACCGGCGUGAGCGCCAUGCUCCUCGCUGCUGCUGGUGCCUUUGCCCUCCUCUAA